AAAACUGAAUUCAGUGUGCUGUGCUGAGUCUCUGUCUCUGUUUCUCUCUCUCUUUCUGUGAGUUCAGGAAAAUGGCAGAAGCCAGUAUGUCAGUAGAUCAGGAUCAGUUCAUCUGUCCAGUGUGUCUGGAUCUCCUGAAGGAUCCGGUGACUAUCCCCUGUGGUCACAGUUUCUGUAAGGUGUGUAUUCAUGGCUGCUGGGAUCAGGAGGAUCAGAAGGGCGUCUACAGCUGUCCUCAGUGCAGAGACACUUUCACUCCAAGGCCUGUUCUACGCAGAAACAACAUGCUGGCUGAAGUGGUGGAGAAACUGAAGAAGAAGACUGAAGUCCAAGCUGCUUCUCCUGCUCACUGUUACACUGGACCUGGAGAUGUGGAGUGUGAUUUCUGCACCGGGAGAAAACACAAAGCCGUCAAGUCCUGUCUGGUGUGUGUGGCUUCUCUUUGUGAAACUCAUCUGAAACCUCAUCUUGAAAUUCCUGCUUUGAAAAAACACACAAUAGUUGAAGCCUCAACAAAUCUACAAGAGAAGAUCUGCUCUGAACAUGAUGAAGUGCUGAAGAUCUACUGUCGUACUGACCAAACCUUCAUCUGUUAUCUGUGUAUGAUGGAUAAACACAAAGGACAUGACACCGUCACAGCCACAGCAGAAAGAGUUGAGAAAGAGAGUGAGUUAAAGGAGGAUCAGAUGAAAUUCCAGCAGAGAAUCCAGGAGAAGCAGAAGAAGGUGCAGGAGCUGAAACAGACUGUGAACACUAUAAAGCUCAGUGCACAGACAGCAGUAGAUGACAGCGAGAGGAUCUUUACUGAGAUGAUCAGCUCCAUGGAGAAAAAGCGCUCGGAGGUGACGGAGCUGAUCAGAGCUCAGGAGAAGGCUGAACUGAGUCCAGCUGAACGACUCCUGGAUCAACUGGAGCAGGAGAUUGCUGAUCUUCAGAGGAGAGUCACUGAGCUGGAGCAGCUUUCACACACACACGAUCACAUCCAUUUCCUCCAGGCGUUAGCUUCUGGACAUCUUUCACCCACAAUUAAAAGACCAUAUUUUGACACGUCCAGCAUCACUGUCCCUCAACAUCUGUCAUUUGAUGGAGUGAUGAAUUCUCUCUCAGAUCUGAAGAAGAGACUGGAGGAAUUCUGGGAGGAGGAAUUUAUCAUAAUCCCUCCACAUGACUUCUGUUAUUUGACUCUGGAUCCCCACACGGCACAUCCACACCUCCGUCUGUCUGAGAAGAACAGAGUGGCGACAGAAAGUGAGUGCGAACAGCUGUAUUCUGAUCAUCCAGAGAGAUUUGAUUACUGCCUCCAGGUGUUGAGUAAGGAGAGUGUGUGUGGACGCUGUUACUGGGAGGUGGAGUGGAGCGGUGUGGUCGAAAUUUCAGUCACAUAUAAAGACAUCAGCAGAAAAGGAGCUGGUAAUGAAUGUGCUUUUGGACACAACAAUCAGUCCUGGAGUCUUCAAUGUUCUUCUUCUUCUCUCACUUUCUAUCACAACAACAUUGAGACUGAUCUCAGAGUUCCAUCAUCAUCCUCCAGAAUAGGAGUUUAUGUGGAUCACAGUGCAGGAACUCUGUCCUUCUACAGCGUCUCUGACACCAUGAAGCUCCUCCACAGAGUCCACACCACAUUCACUCAGCCUCUAUACGCUGGGUUUGGGUUCGACUGGUGGUUUGGUUCCUCAUCUGUGAGAUUCUGUGAUCGAAAAUAACGUGUGUAUGUGUGGUCAUGUUGUUAGUGAAUCAACUGUCUUACUAGCACACACUCAAGCUUAUUUUACACACCAGAAGUUAAAGAGCAAAUGAUCAAAUGUGGAAUUAAUCACUAAAAAAGGUUCAAAUAUCAUUAAACAGCCUCAGUAUUACAGUUUUAUCUGAAUAAUGAGCCAUUUUAAGAUGUCAGACCUCAAAGUUUUGAUGUUCUCAGCAAGCAAACACUCUAGAGAAAUGAAUUUUACAUUUGCUUCAUGUUGCCAUAGAUUUAUGUACAUACAAUAAAUGUUGUGGAAAACUGAUUCAUAUGAUUUUAUUGCUUUCAUUCACCGUAUACGCCCCCUCUAAC